CCGUCUCACACACUCAAUCCUCAGCUGAACCCAACACACACUUAUUAACUGUCACUCCCUUUGCACUUGUUCCUUUAAUUCUUUACCAAAGCCACCCUCUUCCUCUUCUCCAUUUCUCUGCCAAACACCCUCACUUGUAUACGUCUGUUUUCUCCCCCACACUCUGAUUCCACUGCUCGUCUCUUUCAUGUUUCAUCACUAACUCCCUGCAUUCUUCUGUAUACUCACAACCGCUGUUCAAAGAUUUCGUCUUUUCUGAUUCAGCAUUUGACGAACACGAUCAUCGUCCGGGAUUGAUCAUCAUCUAAUUUGGGAUUUCUAGGUGGAUUUGCCUUGGCUACUAGACCAUUGACGAAUUGUGGCGCCGAUAUGGAAGGAGGAAGAACUGAACUAGAGUUUGAUGAAUUUGAGAAGCUCCUUGGUGAGAUACCGAAUGCGACUUCACAUUCUGAGGAUUCUGGCACCAAGACUGUGUCCUUGAAUGGAGGCAUGUCUACCAUUUGUGUCAACUCCUCUUACAAAGGAGGGCCUCUGAGUAAAAAAUUCCAUAACAAUAACGAGAGGCUCGAUGAGGGAAAGAACUCGGUGAAGAAAAUUCAAAAAUCGUCUGCCAAACGGGUUCAACCAGCUGAGCUAUCAAAUCUGCCUGAUGACCAAUCCUUAACGUCUGCAUUUGCAGGACUGAACUUUGAUGAUGGCCAAAUCACAAACACCUUGAAGCCACAGGUUCCGAAUAUGGAUACCCUUAUGGUUUGUCCACCUUUCCAAGCAGCAACUGGCAUACCUUGUGGUUUUUAUGAGUUUGAUGUGACAAAAAUUGGCCAAGAAAGUUCAAACAUAUCGAAAUUCAGUCCAGAAGAGCUUAAAAAGCCUCAAGUUCCCAUCGAAAAAUUGUCUUCAGCUGUUCCUCUAGCUCAUGCUGUGCAAGGUUUUCAGUUCCUCUCCAAUGUGCCUGCUCCUGGUUUGCAGAUUCCUCUGACAUCUGAACAGCACCAAUUCUUUUUGGAUGCACAAUCUCGUUUUCCAUACCUACAUUCACAACAACAUCAAAUGAGUUGGAGGAAUAUCCAAGAGGAACAAUAUUUUAGGAUGCAGCAGCGGUAUGUGUACUUGCAGCAACUUCAUGAUCAAGCUCCAAAUAUGGUUCAAGACAAUGGCAAUGUUGGUAGCAGACCAACCAGGCACCCCAAUUUUGAGGUCCCAAUUUCUCACCAACUGGAGUAUUCUAAUCAAGAACGAAUUUGGAACAACUAUCUGAUUUCCAGGGGCACAAACCAAGCAAGCCCUGCACUAUCCUACACUGAUUUUAGCAGGAUUCAUGGUCUUGACAAAGUGGGAAAACAGAAUGUUCCUGAAAAGAUUCUAACAAGAUCUCAUGGAAUUAACACAAUCAAAGCUGUGAAAUUUGGUGCUGUUGGAGCAGCUGAUGAAUCACUUGGUCAUGUUGGUCCUAAUGGUAAGGUUGUCUCAAAUUGUCAUCUCCGGCAAAACUUAUCAACCGCAAAUGCUGGAAACUUUCAAUUGGAUAAUAUGAACACAUGGGGUAUGUUCCCUGGUUUAAUGCAUGUCAAAAGUACAGAUUUGAAGGCACUUCCUCAGAAGUAUAAUGAUACAAAGGCAUUGCCUCAGAAAUAUAGCUCAACGGAUGGAAUAAGUGGCAGAGUUUAUCUCAUGGCUAAGGAUCAGCAUGGCUGCCGGUUCUUACAAAGAAAAUUUUCUGAAGGAGCACGAAAAGAUGUUGAGAAUAUAUUUCUUGAAAUCAUAGAUCACAUUGUUGAGCUUAUGACAGAUCCUUUUGGGAAUUACCUCAUUCAGAAGCUUCUUGAAGUGUGUGAUGAUGAGCAGCAAAGGCAAAUUCUUUAUUCAAUCACUAAAAAAUCUGGAGAACUUGUUCAUAUUUCCUGUGAUAUGCAUGGGACAAGGGCAGUUCAAAAGGUUAUUGAAACCCUCAAAACUCCAGAGCAGUUUUCCAUUAUUGUUUCCUCACUAAAGCCUGGGAUAGUGAAUUUGAUCAAGAACACAAAUGGCAACCAUGUUGCGCAACGGUGCUUGCAGUACUUAACACCUGAAUAUCGUGAGUUUCUUUAUGAAGCUGCAACUAGUAAUUGUGUUGAGCUUGCAACCGACCGUCAUGGGUGUUGUGUGCUUCAAAAAUGUCUCAGUCAUUCUGAUGGCGAGCAAAGAGACCGAUUGAUCUGCAAGAUCACUUCCAAUGCACUGAUCCUUUCCCAAGAUCCAUUUGGGAAUUAUGUUGUGCAAUUUGUUUUUGAGCUUCAGCUUCCAUGGGCGACAGUAGACAUUCUUGAGCAGUUGGAGGGUAAUUAUGGGGACUUGUCUGUGCAGAAGUAUAGCAGUAAUGUAGUUGAGAAAAGCCUGAAGUACGCAGGUGAAGAGAACCGCACUCGCAUCAUUCAGGAACUGAUAGAGAACAUUCGCUUGGAUCAAAUCAUGCAAGACCCUUAUGGCAAUUAUGUCAUCCAAGCAGCACUCAGUCAAUCAAAGGGAACCCUUCAUUCUAAACUGGUCGAAGCAAUAAAACAUCAUGUGCCUGUUCUCCGGACCAGUCCCUAUGGGAAGAAAAUCCUCUCUACCAAUGUUUUGAAGAAAUAAUAUUAUUAUUUUUAUCGGUUCAAUUGUUCAAGAGAAUUCAUUUCUGUAAAAUGUGUAAUAAGCAGGUUUUGACUAUGUCAGAGCAAUGUCACACUACUUUGAUGGAGAACAUGUAUGUAGAAAAUCAGAUUUUUGUCCCUAUUUUUUUCCUUGCAUAGGAAUAAAGGAAAUGUGAUGUAGAGUUGAUUGAGCUGAGAUAAGGCUGGGGAAGUGGGAAGUGUACCAUGGUUAAUUGGGUUUCUUGGCUGAAGCCACAGCUAGAUGGGUGGUGGUGUCAACUGUCAAGAUGUAUGUUUUUGUCUUGCAAAACAUAUUAGCAGUGUAAUUUAUUCUACUUUUAUAGAAGGAC